AUGACUGACGCCCUCAGCAGUCCAACAACAUCGUUGCACAUAGCAUUGAAUCUCGGCCAAAAUCCAAUAUCGCGAGGAAUAGGCUCUUCUAAAUCGCUUCAGCAUAGCGCCAAUCCACCCUCGCUUUUCACCAUGCCACCUAGACAACACCCAGGUCGUGGCGGCAAUGUCCCUUCGCCCUCACCUCAGCAGCACGGACGAGCUGGCACGCCCUCCUCUGUACGGUCUUCCAGAAAACCCAUUGAUACGACGGCUGUCAGGAUCGAUAUGCCAGUCAAGUACAGCACCUCAUAUGGCUCUGCAAUGGCUACGUUUCCGGACAGAGUCAGGAUCAUGGGAGGAGGAAAUGUACGCAAGGCAGUGCACGGAGUUAUUGAUACGGUCAUCAAAGAUAACGAGGCUGCCAAUGCCCGCCUGUUAGCAAAGGAGAAGGAACUGGCAUCUCGCACUAACACCUCAUCGGCACACUCACAACAACCUGUGCAACCUCUCCCGCCUGUGCAACAGCCUCAGACUGUACGCAGGACACAGGUUCCGGGGAGAACGACGCUAUCUCAACAGAUUUCUCGCUCGCAAUCGGAAGAGUCGGACCAACAGGGAGGGGACCGGGAAAAUGACGGGCCCUCUCAGCAAACCCUCGUCGACUCACAGCAGGGCGCCACCACUUCGAUGAACAGGGGCAUGAUAUCUGACAACAGGUCGAGAUCAGGCUCUGCAAGGUCGAGGUCGAAAUCGCCACCCACUCAGAACCGGAAGAGAUCUCACGAUUCCGUUUCCCCCGAACUCCCCGAUGUCACCAGCCCUGAAUUGGAUAGGUUGACCGCGCGAGUGGAUGCUCUACGACAAUCCAAUCAAGCCGAAGCCGAAGAGCGUGCGGAAGCUCUCAAAGCUCAACAUGCGGAACUCGAAAAGCAACGCCGCAAAGAAGAACGCGAAAAGAAACAGGCGGAGCUGCUAGAGAGAGCGAUUGCUAUUGACAAGGCUCGCCUAGCUGCACUGGCUGGAAAUAACUCGGCGGCCGGUUCUCAAGUCGCGAAUCCACAUCAACAACAACCCCCUACAACUUCCAAUCCGCUUCCUUUUCCUCCGAACUUCUCAGUACAUUCACCUUCACUCGGUGCCCCAAUUCGAAUACCAGGUGGUGAGGUGCCUCAGCCACCUGGGUACUCGAACGCUCCAGAAACCACGGAUGGUGCUUCUCGCAGCUGGCAGGAGGAAACCAAUGUUGCUGUCGUCGACAGCGCAGCUCAUGUCAGGGUCGGGUCACCAGCCGUCGGUCAUGUAGCAGCCAAACCGCAACCAGGCUCAUUGGAAGAUGCGCUGGGAACGAUGGGGCAAGCCAGCAGAACAAUAGGUGUUAGGGGGGGUAUGGCCGGUGCUAAUCCUGGUGGUUUUACCAUGGCGAACGUUAGUCGGCGUCCUGGUUGGCGUGCACGAGCGGGGGUGGAUAGGGCGCCCUCAAUCUCGAAUCCUGCUGUACCUGCGGCCCGUGUCGGUACUGCUGGGAGGUCAGCAGUUGGCGGUGGAGGCCGGCCUAGGAGAGACCCAGAUUCCUCCGAUUCAUCAUCCAGCGACGAAGACGAUAGAGCCGGAAACGCCGAUCAUGGAGGUCGAUAUACCGGUCCUCGAAACAAUACUCACGGCAAUCGGGCAGGCCGUUGGCCCACAGGAGGUGGAGGAGUCAAUCGAAGUACUGUCGCGGCAGCCACUGCGUGGGUGGGCGAUGUGCUGGGCAAGGGAGGCGAUAUCUUGAGCAGGAUUUGGUGGCCAGCUGUGAAAUGGUUUCUUGCGGCCUCCUUCGUUGUCGCCAUUUGCUCUUUCUUGCUUGGUGCUGGAGGUCCGAUACGUGGGAUGAUGCCGUCGUCUCCAUACACGAAGGGUGGUUCGUUGCCGGACAUGGCUGUGUUCACGGAGCAGCAGUACAACGAUUUCAAAGCGUUUUGGGAAAAAAGAGCCACCGCCACCGAGUUGGCACUCAGGAGUGUCCAAUCCACACUUCCGAAGGUGGUUCGCGUAACCAAAGACAGGGAUGGCAAUAUCAUUGUUGCCAAAGAGUUCUGGGAAGCCAUCCUGGAUCGCAUGAAACACGAGCCCUCCAUUCUCAGGCUUGAAAAGGGAAAAAUCAGCGACGCUCACUGGGAUGCUGUUCGGUCUCGAAUCAAAAGCACGGGGCUGGAUCACUCUUUCGAGGACUGGUUCGAGAAAAACAAGCACAGGAUCACGAGCCUCCUCUCCGGGCACCCAAUCACCAAGCCAGUCACCUCUGAGGCCGAUACAUAUCAGGACACGGUCACGAGUCGCCAGUACGUUGAAAAUCUCCAACAGCAAAUAGCGAUAUCUCGGAAAAGCUUUGAAAGGGAUUUGGAGGCUCUACGCAAGGAGCUUCACGGACUCAUCGAAGAGCAAAAACAUAAGACAGGUCUGAGUAAGAAAGAAAUUCAGAAGCUGGUCGAGGAGAUCGUUGGCAAGGAACUGGGCUCUUCCCCCAUCAGCUCUGGCAAGCGAAGCCCAAGCGCCGCUAUCAUGGACAUGUUGAACCGCCAUGUCAAUUGGUUUUCCUUUGGAAAUGGUGCACAAAUCGACAGCAGUCUUACUUCUCCGACCUACAGAAUCGCGAGGCCGGCGAUGGGCACUGUGGCGUGGUUCAGGGCCAUGUCCAAGAAACCACAGUUUCUCCAUGACAGCUUCCAUGCUACCUCCCUCUGGACAGACAGCGGUCACUGCUGGUGUGCUGGUAUCUAUGCUGGCAAGAACAAGCAGAAGCUCCCGGCCGACAUCGGCAUCAGUAUUGCCGGCCUGGUUAUUCCCAAGUAUGUUGUGGUCGAGAACAUCAAUCCGGAGGCCACAACCGACCCUGACUCCAUGCCCAAGGACAUUGAAAUCUGGGCCAAAUUUGAGAACAACGCCAAGAAUUCGCAGAUGCAGAAGUGGAUGAACACUCAAUUCCCUACUGCGGCUGCCAAUCCCCGCAACGCCGGCCACCUUCGGGAGGAAUUUGUCCAGAUUGGCAAAUUCGAAUACGAGUAUCGUCAUGUGGAUAACGGCGUCUUUAUCCACAAGCUUUCUGACGACCUAGUUACACUUGAUGCUGUCGUCGAUACGGUGCUCAUUAGGGCUGUCACGAACAAUGGUAGCCCGGAUCAUACUUGCUUCUACAGGCUUCGGCUCUACGGGCAAGAGGUUGACGAGCACACUGGAAAGCACAUCGGAUCGAGCUCGUGGUGA